CGUAGUGACUAGAGAUUCACUGUGCGCAGUUUUUACGCAAAACAAAAUCUCACAGAAACUUUAUUUUGCAGAAAGUAACAUGAUGACAAAUGUCAGCAGUAAGUUUUCGUUUUUUUUUUAAUGCAAGUAAAUGAUUUCCCUCCAUCCAGCAGGCUAACAGCAGCCAGCGCGGAUCCACUCUCUGCCGUGACUGCGCAUCUCCGCGCAGCUUUGACGGUCACAUGACUUGUCUUGUGACAACAGGAAGCCGGAAUGUCAACAGUGUGAGGAUGCUGCUGUGGCUUUGACGCUUUUCAAUUCUUCAAUCACUAUUUUUAAGGACGCAGACUACAAUGACUUCCAUUAUAAAAGAAACACAAAGCAUAAAAGAAGCAGUGACUUUCAUCAAUGCAAUUGAUGUGAACAAGUUCUCCAGACUGAUCUCCCGCAUCAUACAGAAGCUUCAUCUGAAGGGAGAGCGGACGUUCAGUGAGGAAGAGGAGGAAAAACUCCAGGCUGCUCUCUCAUUGGAUAAAAAUGCUCUCAACCUAGUCUUGGAAACUUCUGCCUUUAUAUUAGAGCAAGCAGUGUAUCAUAAUGUAAAGCCAGCCUCUUUGCAACAACAGCUGGAGAUGGUCCAUCUAACCCCAGAGAAGGCUGAGGUGUUCUCUCAGACCUGGGCAACUACUGGACCCGAACUGGUGGAGAAACUGAAAUGUAAUUUAUUUGCCCCGAAGAAGCUGGAGUAUGUUGGCUGGCAGUUGAACCUGCAGAUGGCUCAGUCCAGCCAUGCCAGACUGAAGUCUCCCAGUGCCGUCCUCCAGCUGGGGCUCCAGGGUGAAGACUCUGAGGCUUUGCAGAAGAGGUAUUAAUUUAUUUAAAUCCACUUACACAAUUUCCCUUGUGGGAGGAGAUAGCUGGGGGGCUAAAACAAGGCUGGUUAAAAGUGUAAAGGGAUCAACUUCACUGAACAUCAUUGAGGUGCACGUUCACCGUUGACCUACAGGGGGCACUGUUGCCUCACAGUUUGGUAAGCAGCCCUCAGGGGCAGUGAAGUGUCUGAGAUGGAUAAGAUUCCUCGUUUAAGUUUGUAUUAAGGUACUUUGAGCGUGCACUUUUCUUUUAAAUUUCCAUUGGUGCUUUCUGAUUAGAGUUUCUUGACAGUAAGUUUGUUUGCUUCCAAACUCUGAGAAUCUCUCAGUAAAACUUUUGAGAUGUCAAAACACUGCAAUGACAGAGAAGUAAAUUAGUUGUGAAUAGAAAUGAAAUUCUGCUGCAAGUGUCAUACUAAUUACAGCACAGAUUUAUAGCACCGUCACUGCUGGCUGUCUAAUGGCGAGGGGAAGGGAAAACAGCAAAUGGAAGAAAGCAGAGAAUUAAGAGGUGACAAGGACAGAAAUAUUGAAAUAUAAAGGUGAGAGAGGGAGUGAAAACAAGUAAAACAAUUAAAGAGGAUAGAAAUACUGAAGAAAAUUGGGAUCAAGAACAGAAAGCAAAAGAUGUGUAAGGGGAUGGCAACAGUGGCACUUUGUGUUUUAUUGAUUGCUUGGAACCUAAGUGGAGAGUAAGACUCUCUCAUCCGACUGGCCUCCUACUUCAUUAGCACUCUUCCUGAGGAGGAGGACUGCCAGGGGGCUUCACAUCUCAUUCUCCAAACUAUAUGUGACGUACAGUGUAUCUGCAGUAGAGUGGAUAAGAUGUUAGAUGGCAUACUUGAAAUUAAAAGUGAGUGGAGUGGAUUUUUAUAUUUGUUUCUGUGUUUUAUUGAAGUAUAUAAUAUCAGGGGAAGAUCUUCAUAACACCCUCUGUCUCUAAAGUGUGUGGACCAACACGGAAUUUAUGGAUUAUAGUUUCUGUUUCAAUAAUUGUGUGACCUCACCCAUGUGAGAUGAUAUUUUCCUCAUAACUGAAUUUGUAUCGGGUUUGGUGAAAAGUUGCUGUUUCAGAUAUGAAAACCAAGGAAGCACUGCAGUACAUCGGCACAAGGCAUAAAUGUCUUCUCAUGCACUCCUUAAUAUUUCAGGAGUGAGAGCUCUAGUUUACCCUCAUAAGGACUGGUGAGAUUGGCCUCGUUCAGUGAAGGUAUGACGCAAGACCUGUUGCAUUGUUAUCCCAGUGGGUAGGGGGCUGAGACAGAAAAAUGACUUGAUUGAUCUGCUGUCAAAAGGAAAGAAAAGUUUGGGGGAAAACUUGAUGUGAGCAGAUGAUGGAAGGGAGAAGAUCAGGAUGCAGCAGAAGGUGAUAGCAAGGACAAACAAUAGAGAAAAGACUACAAAGAAAACUCGAGAACGGCAACUGAAAGAUGAGAGUGAGAAUUUGCUGAAAUUUUUUAUGCAGUUUGCAUUAGGCUAUGUGAAGUCCUCUUAAUAGUCGUGUGUAUGGCAUGCGACUUUACGACAGGAAGUGUUUCUGAGCUUCUGAGAAACAGGAAUGUCUGCUUUUAUCUGUAUUUGAGAAGGUUUUUGUUGGCAUGCUAGCUAGACUGCAGAUAACCCGAUUAAACAUUUCCAGCUGCAUAGACCUUGAGGUAUAAAUGCAUAGUUUUUUCCAUUUUAUGUCAGAGGUGUGUUGUUUGUGAGACUUUUGCCUUUAGAGAAAUAAUGAUGUGUAAAACAGAUACUGGCUUUCUACCCAGCAUCUGCUGUAUGCAUACUGGACUGCUUGAGUUUGUAGCACCACAUGGACAUCUCCCUUUCAUUCUCCAAGUUACUGACUUUAUCCUUCGGUGCAAAACUUUUUGAAAAUCUUCAAAUAUGCCGGUAGGUUAUGAAUGAAAGAAAUUGA